UUAAGUUGUCUUAAAAAUAAUUAAUUUUGAAAUAUCACUUAACUAAAAAGUCUUUAGUAUUUUAAUCAAGCAUAAUAUUUAGUAUAUUUGAUAAGCCGGAAGGUUUUCUAUAGCCGUCAAUGGGCGGUCCCACCAUUCAAUUCAACGACAAACCAAUAAAACCAACGACCUUGCCCAGUGCGUGUGCCUUCGUCACCAGUGGAAAAACAUUACGUAGGGGCGCAGGACGGAAGAAAGCAGGAAAAGAAAAGAUCUAUAAAUAUUUUUAAUCGCCGUGAAAGUAGCCAGCGGAUUUUAGUCGCAAAAUAUUAUUUCAUUUGCGGUGCGAGGACACAGUAAUCUGCGAAAAUGGUCUUGAAAGUCUACGUCAGCGGCAUGUCCGGCAAUAAGGAGGUGAAGAAGCGCCAGCAGCGCGUUCUCAUGAUCCUGGACAGCAAGAACAUCAAGUACGACACCGUGGACAUCACGGAGCCCGGCAAGGAAUCCGAGAAGGAGCUAAUGCAGAACAAAUCGACGAGCAACGGCGGAACGGUCAGCGAUCCAGAGCCCCGUCAUCCGCUUCCUCCGCAGCUGUUCAACGAUGACGAGUACUGCGGUGACUACGACGCCUUCGACAUGGCCAACGAGAUCGAUACCCUGGAGGUGUUCCUCAAGCUGGCCCCAGCCGACACCACGGCGGUUAGUACCGCCCAAAUCGAACUGAAACAGGAGAACGGCGAUGCCAAGAAGGAGGAGGCGGAAGCGGAGGCGGAGGAUAAGAAACCGGAGUCCGGCGAUGGCGAUGUGGAUGUCAAGGAGGAGGCUGCGGAGAAGGCCGAGAACGAAGACGCUGACGGCAAGGACAAGGAGAAUUCAAAGGGCGAGGAUGAAGACGCAGAUGAAGAAAAGGCCGAGCAAAAGACUGAAACCGAAGAAUCUGGGGACAAGAAAACGGAGGAGGAAACUGCAGACGCUGAAGGUGAGACCCAAGAAAAGUCCGAGGAAGUGGAUACCAAGGAAAAAUCAGAGGUUGAGAGUACCAAAGAUGAUGAGGUUGGAAAAUCCGAGGAUGUUAAAGAUGAUGAGGUUGGAAAAUCCGAGGAUGUUAAAGAUGAUGAGGAUGAAAAAUCCGAGGAUGUUAAAGAUGAUGAGGAUGAAAAAUCCGAGGAUGUUAAAGAUGAUGAGGAUGAAAAAUCCGAGGAUGUUAAAGAUAAAUUAGAGGGAAGUGAGACCGCAGAAACAUCGGACGAUGCUGAGACUACUGAGAAACCCGAUGUUGAGGCCACCAAUGAUGAUGGGGAUACAAAAUCAGAGAAAAUUGAAACGCAAGAAAAGUCCGAGGAAGUUGAUGCCGCUGAAGAAUCGGAGGCUGAAAGCUCCAAGGAAAAAGCGGAGGAAAAUGAGAGCACCAAAGUCAAUGAGGAUGAUAAAUCCGUGGAUGUUAAUGAAAAGAGCGGAGAAAAUGUAAAAGAAGAUUCCUCGGAUGCGGAUAGUGCUACAAAGUCAGAGGUUAAAAGUACCGAAGAUGAGAUUGUAGAAUCGGAGGAUGUGAAAGAUGAUGAAUUGGAUAAAAAUGAGAGCACCAAAAAGGUCGAGGAAGUUGAUAGUACUGAAAUAUCCGAGGUUGUAAGUACGGAAGACGAAAAAUCAGAAGAUGUUAAAGAAAAACCUGAUGAAAAUGAGGCUCAAGAAAAGCCCGAAGAAGUUAUAACUGCCGAAAAAUCUGUAGAGGAAACCGAAGAACCAACCGAGGUGGAAAAACCUGCAGAAACGAAGACAGAAGACACGCCCGAAAAUGAAGAAAGUAAACCGGCUGGCGAGAAUUCCUCUUCCGAAGAAAGCGAAGAAGAAGAGUAAAAGAAAAGCUAUCAAAAUCGAUUGAACGACAACAAAAAUCGCACUGACAUCCGCAUUACCAACACCAAUGCACAAAACACACACACACACGCACAUAAAAAAACGCACAUUUAGCCAAAUAAUACCAAAAAUGUUUUGUAAAUAGAAACAAGAACCCACUAAUAACGAGUCUGGUGACGGGUAAUGAACCCUAGUUUAGGCCUUUAUGUGACUUAUUUACAAUUUUUACUCCUUUCCCAAAACAAACAAAAAAAACUCGCUCGUGUCUACAACAACAA